AGACUCGAUAUUACUUUUAUCUGGAUCAAUUACGAAUAAUCUUCGUGCGUGCAUCUGCAAUCGACAGCAACGCCGUUCGUCGCAUCGCCUAUUUAAUCAUAAUAUCCUUCUAACUUUGAACGGAAACCGUUAAAUUCUUAGCUCACGAGAACAACGUGUUCCCCCAUACAUCAAAGAUAAAGUGAAAAAUGCCGGGAGCGGGAACCGCGUCUUCGACGCGCACGAGCAGCGAAGCCAUUCGUAUGGAACCGCUGGGGAGGACUUCGAGCUCACGGAGUCCAGGACAAAACGGUACUGCCAAUACGGAAGUGUCCGGAGGUGUAGCAGGUGAAAGCAACCCGGGCUUACACAAGCGCAACAUUUACGAGCAGAAUGGCGUGGCUGUGUGCUCGCAAAAACGGGCCCUUUGCAUCGCCACAGUCGUAUUCGCGACACUUUUCGCCAUAUCACUCAUCAUUGCUUUCGCGGGACCACAAAAUGACUGCCCUUGCGCUGGAGAAAAGCCAGCGAACUUGGAAAUCGAAGAGGAUGAGGAAGGUAGCGAACCAAUCGCGACCAACGGUGAGAUCUUCCCAUGGGAUAAUGUCAGACUACCGAAUUUCGCUCACCCGACGCGUUAUAACAUUACGAUCCAUCCGAAUCUCACGACAUUGGAAGUUAAAGGACAAGUUACAAUCGAGUUUUACGUUGAUCGAGAGACCAAUUUUAUCGUCUUCCAUAGUAAAAAUUUGACAAUAAACGAAAAGAUGGUGCAAGAUCGAAAGGGCCACAGACUAAAGAUUGCGAAACUCUUGGAAUAUCCAAAGCAUCAGCAACUUUAUCUCGAGCUCGAAGAGAGCAAAUUUCGAAAAAGAGGGAACUACACAGUGCAUCUGAGGUUCGUUUCGAAACUCAAAAACGAGCUCGAGGGCUUCUAUCUCAGCAGCUAUGUGAAUUCCAACGGAGAAAAAAGCUUUUUCAACGGUCACAGAUACCUGGCAACGACGCACUUCGAGCCGACCUACGCUCGCUCGGCGUUUCCCUGCUUUGACGAGCCGCACUUCAAAGCCAAAUUCAAAGUGUCGAUAUUCCGGGACCGAUUUCACAUUGCACUCUGCAACAUGCCGGUCGUCAACACCGAGGACGCUGGAUUCUACAUGGGUACUGGACUUCUGCGCGACGACUUCCAAGAGUCCGUGGAGAUGUCGACGUACCUCGUCGCCUUUGUUGUCUGCGACUUCAAGCGCGUCUCGCAGAUGACGCGACGCAAUGUCAGCGUCAGCGUUUAUGCAGCCGAAACGAUGUUGCCACAAGCCACUUACGCUGUUAAAACCGCAGCCAAGACGAUGGAUUACUUUGAGUCCUUCUUCGGGGCUGAAUAUCCACUACCUAAGUUGGACUUGAUAGCCAUACCGGAUUUCGCAGCGGGAGCUAUGGAAAACUGGGGAUUAAUAACUUACCGCGAAACUUCGAUCCUCUACGACCCUAAGGAAACGUCAACAGCCGCCCACGAAUGGGUAGCUGUGGUUGUCGCUCACGAGCUGGCUCAUCAAUGGUUCGGCAAUCUCGUGACAAUGAAAUGGUGGAAGGAUCUGUGGCUGAACGAAGGCGCCGCGAGCUUCUUCGAGUAUAAAGGGGUCAACUUCAUAUCACCGGAAUGGAGCAUGAUGGACCAGUUCAUCCUUGACAAGAUUCAACCAGCUCUGGACCUGGAUGCUUUAGCAAGUAGUCAUCCGAUUAGCGUGCCGGUAAAGGAUCCCGCGGAGAUCGAAGCCAUAUUCGACACAAUUAGUUACAACAAAGGAGCCUCUAUAUUAUAUAUGCUCGAAGGAUUUAUUUACGAGGAUGUACUCAAGGCUGGGCUUAACGAUUAUUUGAAAAGCCACGCUUAUGGGAACGCCGAUACGAAUGAUUUGUGGGCGGUUUUUACCAAACACGUUAAUCGGACUUUCGACGUGAAGGCCAUAAUGGACACGUGGACACAACAAACUGGAUUCCCUUUAAUAACAAUAUCGAGAGAGGGAAAUCUAAUUAACGCGUCGCAAAAACGCUUUCUCGUAUCUUCUCACGAUAACGAUACCGAAGUACUCGAAUCAAAAUCUCCAUUCAACUACAAGUGGUACAUACCAUUAAGCUACUACACUAGUAAAGAUCCUAAAGAUAUUCAGAAUGUAUGGAUGAACAUGACUGACGUGACGUUUGAAAUCCCACCCGAGGUGGAGUACAUUAAAUGUAAUGUCAACCAGACGGGUUUCUAUCGGGUUUCGUAUCCGGACGAAAUGUGGUCUUCGAUAAUUCAAACUCUCCUCACCGACCAUACCAAGUUCAGUCCAGCGGACCGAGCAAAUCUUAUCGACGAUGCUUUCACGCUUUGUAAAGCCGGCGAACUCAAUGCAUCGAUACCUCUCGAGCUUUCGCUUUAUCUACUUAACGAGAGGGAUUACGUGCCGUGGGCGACGGCCCUAAAUUAUCUACACUCGUGGAAGGAAAAGCUAAGCGAAAGCUCGGCUUACAAGCUCUACAUCAUAUUCCUUAAGAAGCUGCUGACUCCCGUUACAAAUUAUGUCGGAUGGAGCGACGAGGGAUCGCACUUGAAAAAAUUACUCCGCAUCUCGGUGCUCCAGUCGGCUGUGAAUCUGCAGCUCGAGUCAGUGGUGAAGCCCGCGAAGGUUCUCUUCGACGACUGGAUGCUUCGAUCCAAUAGCAUAGCACCGAACAUUCGGGACGUCGUGUACGCCGCUGGCGUGAAGUUCAGCGGUGAAACUGAGUGGAAAUUUUGUUGGGAAACGUACCGCAAGACCCCCUUCCCCAGUGAGAAGCGCAUUAUGCUUCAGGCCUUGGGAGCGACGACGGACCCCUGGCUGCUCCAGCGGUACCUGCUGCAGACAUUGGACAGGAGUCAAGUCAGACCUCAGGACGUGGAGACAGUGAUAGCCGCGGUGGCGAAAAAUCCCGAGGGAAAAUUACUAGCCUGGAGGCAUUUGAAAGCCCACUGGCCUCACAUUCAAGGUCUCUUUGGUAAUGGAUCUCUCACGAUGGGCGGGCUCAUUCACGUUGUUACCUCGGACUUUUUCACCGAGUACGAUUACCAAGAGGUGAAGGAGUUUUUUAAGGAUGUGGACGUGGGUAGUGGCCAAAGAAUGCUGGACCAAAGUCUUGAAACGAUAAAGUUCAAUAUCCACUGGGUUAAGGAAAAUGCGGAUAUGAUCGAUGAAUGGCUAAAAAAUUAUUUAAAUAAGAAUGCGAGUUAAUCUAAUUCACAACUUUUCACCCGUAAAAGUAAAAUUAUAAAUAUUAUUUAAACGAAAUACCGUCUAUGCUCGUUGCGUAUUAUUAUAAUUUGCAUAUUUUUUUUCAUGGAAGACUUUUUCCCGGUAA